CCGCUAGGGGCGCUGUCGUCAGACGUCAUACUGUAUACACAGGAUCAUUUCCGGUGGCCAAAGGUGAACUCAUCUAACAAACAUGGAUUCCAACAAGGCCGAAGACGAUAUGAGUGGGGAUGGAGACAUCACUUCUGUUAUGGGAUUCUCCGGAUUCGGAAAGAAGGCUCGGACGUUUGACCUCGACGCCAUUUUUGAACAGACCCGAAGGACCGCCAUUGAGAGGAGUCAACGUGCGUUAGAUGAGCGGCAAAAAGCGGAGGAGGAAGGAGAAAGCUCCACGUCUGUGCCCGCGCAGAAAGACAAAACGAUGGCACCGGCCGCUCACAGGAAACAGGAAGAUGACAGCAGCAGUUCAGACUCCGAGCCUAUUGGCCCUCCGUUACCUCCAAAAGAGGACGAUGACGACGAUGAUGACCUGGUGGGACCGCCUCUUCCGCCCGGUUACAAAAAUAUUCAAGGUGGUGAUGAUGAUGAUGAUGAUGAUGAUGACGAUGAUGACGACGACGACGAUGAUGCUGAAGAUGACGAGGAUGAUACUCCAGUAAAGAAGAUUCCUGACACUCAUGAGAUCACUAUGCUGCACGGCACCAAGACAGUGUCCGCCCUCGCCUUAGACCCCUCCGGAGCACGCCUGGUGAGCGGCGGCUUCGAUUUUGACGUCCGCUUCUGGGAUUUCGCCGGGAUGGACCAGGCUCUGCAGUCCUUCCGUACGAUCCAGCCGUGCGAGUGCCAUCAAAUCAGAUCCUUGCAGUAUAGCAUCACAGGGGACCGUAUCUUGGUGGUGUCAGGGAAUGCACAGGCCAAGGUGUUGGACCGUGACGGCUUCAACGUGAUGGAGUGCAUCAAGGGAGACCAGUACAUCGUAGACAUGGUCAACACCAAGGGCCAUACUGCGAUGCUGAACGACGGCUGCUGGCAUCCCAAGAUGAAGGAGGAGUUCAUGACCUGCUCCAACGACGGAACCGUACGCACGUGGGAUGUAACCUCUGAGAAAAAACACAAGUCCGUGUUCAAGCCGCGCUCCUUCCAAGGGAAAAAGGUCAUCCCCACGUGCUGCACCUACAGCCGCGACGGAAAGCUCAUCGCCGCCGGCUGCCAAGAUGGCACCAUCCAGAUCUGGGACAGGAACAUGAGCGUCCACACAAAGUUCCACUGUCGGCAAGCCCACAUUCCAGGAUCCGACAUCUCUUGCCUCUCCUUUUCGUACGACGGCGUAAUCCUUGCGUCACGUGGAGGUGAUGACACGCUGAAGAUGUGGGAUGUCCGCAACUUCAAGAAGCCGUUAAAUAUGGCUAAUGGGCUAACUAACUACUUUACCAUGACGGACUGCUGCUUUAGCCCAGAUGACCAGCUCAUUGUGACGGGCACCUCAGUGAAGAAAGACGAGGGUAACGGGAAGCUGGUGUUCUUUGACCGAUCUACCUUUCAGCGGGUUUAUGAAAUUGACGUCACCAAUGCGAGCGUGGUGCGCUGCUUGUGGCACCCGAAGCUCAACCAGAUCAUGGUGGGAACGGGAAACGGCCUGGCCAAGGUCUACUACGACCCCGUCAAAAGCCACAGAGGGGCUAAGCUGUGUGUCGUGAAGAGCAAGCGGAAACAGAAGCACGCAGAGGCCCUCACCCAGGAGUAUGUCAUUACACCUCACGCCUUGCCCAUGUUCCGAGAGGCCCGGCAGAGGAGCACACGCAAGCAGCUGGAGAAGGACAGACUGGACCCCAAGAAGUCCCAUAAACCCGAGCCUCCUGUGUCUGGACCAGGUCGAGGUGGCAGAGUGGCGGCCCACGGCGGCACGUUGUCCUCCUUCAUCGUGAAGAACAUCGCUUUGGACAAAACCGACGACAGCAACGCGCGAGAGGCCAUCCUGCGUCACGCCAAGGAAGCUUCGGAGAACCCUUACUGGGUGGCCCCGGCUUACAAGAAGACACAACCCACUCCUUUGUUUGCAGAAGAUUCCGAGGAGGAUGAGGAGGCUGAAAAGGAACCUGAGUGGAAGAAGCGUAAGAUCUGAGGACCUCUCUAGAACUCAAAGUGGACUGGAGGCUGCUUAUAGAAGCCCAGAACAGAGGUACUGUCUGGCUCCAUCAUUUACUACCAGGUCGCGCUGGUCAUAUUUUUUUAAGGCGUGCUUAGUGUUUUUAUGUGCAGUAUAGUGCAAUUUAUGUUCACUUUUUGUCUUCUCCAUCAUGAAUCACAUCCCACUUUCCUUCUGUCUAGCAGUUGUAAAAUCGCUGCUUUGAUUCCCGAUACUUGUAGACAGAAAGGUAGUUUUUCUACAUCUCGAAUACCGCCUUAAAUCUGCAAUGAGUUAAUCAUUUUGAGUCCAACACAGUAACUUACAUUGACCAUACGAAGAAAUUCAUAUUGCAGCAAGGAAAAGCACAUCCAGUUCUAAUAAAUCAUUUACAAGCCCGUUUUUUUCCAUUGCUAUUAAAACGCUGUGUUCCACAAUAUAGCUGCAUAUACGUGCAAAUGUACGAGUGACCAUGCUCACUGUCGAUAAAUAUUUGAGUUGGCGUACGUAAUGCAAACCAUCUUCCUGGAAAGCGUACUCAUCAAGGGCCCCUUUUUUUUUAAAAAAAUAGACCCUCAAAUGACAACACAACACACACUAGAUAUGGUCUCAUCCAGCUGGAGUCCACUGGGUGAGUCACGCUGGUUGGAAGUGCAGAGCGAGUCAUCCAGGAAUGUCAUCCAGACAAUAUAAACUACGGACGGAAUGUCUUUUAAAGUGAAAACAAGACAGAGUUGGUGUGACAAAGAAGGAAGGAAAACAUCAACGUGUUGACGUGGAUGAUCAUAUGUCACUAAAGUACAGGAGAACUUCUACUGUACUGGAGAAAGGAAACGUGGUAUACUUAUGUAUUUUUUUCCUCCUGAAAAUAAACCUGGCAGUCAUUUCCCAUAAUAUUGAUUAGUUUUUGAGUAAUGGGUAAGAUAACCAGCUGUACUUGGAACGCCCACUUUCCAUCGCCAGACUGGCCAUGCCUCUUAGUGUGACGUCAUCUACAGAACUGGAGCCCAUUUCCCCGCAUAGACACAUAAAGCUAAUAUUUUGAUCACUUCAUCGCAUGCUUUUGUCUCCUUCAAAACUGUUAUGGUUAACAUUAUAAGUAGAGAUGUCCGAUAAUGGCUUUUUGACGAUAUCCGAUACUCUGGUAUUGUCCAACUCUUAAUUACCGAUUCCAAUAUCAACCGAUACCGAUAUAUACAGUCGUAGAAUUAACACACUAUUGUGCCUAAUUUUGUUGUGAUGCCCCGCUG